CCCCGGUGCGAGCUCCCGAGCGAGCGCCGGCCCUCGCCGCGUCCCCUCCCGGCCGGCGGCGCUUGGCUCCGCGGGCCAUGGCAGCGCCGGGCGGCCGGGCGGAGCCGCCGCAGCUCGACGACUACGGCUGCGGCUACGCGGUGUCGCGGCCGCUGUACAGCGAGCUCGCCUUCCAGCAGCAGCGCGAGCGGCGCCUGCAGGAGCGCAGGACGCUGCGGGACAGCCUGGCGCGGAGCUGCAGUUGCUCGAGAAAAAGAGCCUUUGGUGUGCUGAAGGCUCUCCUGCCCAUUCUGGACUGGCUCCCCAAAUACCGGGUCAAGGAAUGGCUGCUCAGUGAUGUCAUCUCUGGAGUGAGCACUGGGCUAGUGGGCACCCUGCAAGGGAUGGCUUAUGCACUGCUCGCUGCAGUUCCUGUUCAGUACGGUCUCUACUCGGCCUUUUUCCCUAUCCUGACGUAUUUUGUCUUUGGAACCUCAAGACACAUCUCAGUUGGCCCUUUCCCUGUGGUCAGUUUAAUGGUGGGAUCUGUUGUGCUGAGCAUGGCUCCAGACGACCACUUUCUCGUGCCCAGUGGAAACGGAAGCGCUCUCAACGCCACCGCGUUAGACGCCGGAACCCGAGAUGCAGCAAGAGUGCUGAUUGCAAGCACCCUCACUCUUCUAGUUGGAAUCAUACAGCUGGUAUUUGGAGGUUUGCAGAUUGGAUUCAUAGUGAGGUACUUGGCAGAUCCCUUGGUUGGUGGAUUCACAACCGCUGCAGCCUUCCAAGUGCUGGUCUCACAGCUAAAGAUUGUGCUCAAUGUUUCAACCAAAAACUACAAUGGCAUCCUCUCCAUUAUCUAUACACUGAUUGAGAUUUUUGAGAAUGUCGGUGACACCAACAUUGCAGAUUUCAUCGCUGGGUUACUUACCAUCGUCAUCUGCAUGGCAGUCAAGGAAUUAAAUGAUCGAUUCAAACACAGAAUCCCCGUCCCUAUUCCUAUAGAAGUGAUCGUGACAAUAAUUGCCACCGCCAUUUCCUACGGGGCCAACUUGGAAAAAAAUUACAAUGCCGGUAUUGUUAAGUCCAUCCCAAGUGGGUUCUUGCCUCCGGUGCUGCCAUCUGUGGGCCUGUUUUCCGACAUGCUGGCCGCAUCCUUUUCCAUUGCUGUGGUGGCUUAUGCUAUUGCCGUAUCUGUAGGGAAGGUCUAUGCCACCAAACAUGACUAUGUCAUCGAUGGGAACCAGGAGUUCAUUGCCUUUGGGAUAAGCAACGUCUUCUCUGGAUUUUUCUCCUGUUUUGUGGCCACCACGGCUCUGUCUCGAACAGCUGUCCAGGAGAGCACCGGUGGAAAGACACAGGUUGCGGGCAUCAUCUCAGCUGUGAUUGUGUUGGUUGCCAUUGUCGCCCUGGGGAAGCUGCUGGAACCGUUGCAGAAGUCAGUCCUGGCCGCUGUCGUCAUUGCCAACCUGAAAGGGAUGUUUAUGCAGGUGUGCGACGUUCCCCGCCUGUGGAGGCAGAAUAAGACUGACGCUGUUAUCUGGGUGUUUACAUGCAUUCUGUCUAUCAUUCUGGGGCUGGACCUGGGGUUGUUAGCUGGCCUUCUAUUUGGACUACUGACUGUGGUCCUGAGAGUUCAGUUCCCAUCAUGGAAUGGUCUUGGAAGGGUCCCCAGCACAGACAUCUACAAAAGCAUCACACAUUACAAAAAUCUUGAAGAGCCUGAAGGAGUGAAGAUUCUGAGAUUUUCUAGUCCCAUUUUUUAUGGCAAUGUCGAUGGUUUUAAGAAAUGUGUCAAGUCAACAGUUGGAUUUGAUGCCAUUAGAGUAUAUAACAAGAGGCUGAAAGCACUGAGGAGAAUACAGAAACUCAUCAAAAAAGGACAAUUAAGGGCAACAAAGAAUGGGAUUAUAAGUGAUAUUGGCUCAUCAAACAAUGCUUUUGAGCCUGAUGAAGAUGUUGAAGAGCCAGAGGAGCUUGAUAUCCCAACCAAAGAAAUCGAGAUUCAAGUGGACUGGAACUCUGAACUCCCGGUGAAAGUGAAUGUCCCGAAGGUGCCAAUCCACAGCUUGGUGCUGGAUUGUGGGGCUGUGUCCUUCCUGGAUGUGGUGGGAGUGAAGUCAUUGCGGAUGAUUGUCAAAGAAUUUCAGAGAAUUGAUGUGAAUGUGUACUUUGCUUUGCUUCAAGAUGAUGUGCUAGAAAAGAUGGAGCAGUGUGGAUUCUUUGAUGACAACAUUAGAAAGGAUAGAUUCUUUCUUACGGUUCAUGAUGCUAUACUAUAUCUGCAGAACCAGGUCAAAUCCAGGGAGGGCCAGGAUUCCCUUCUAGAGACGAUCACCCUCAUACAAGACUGUAAAGAUCCUCUUGAGCUGAUGAAGGCAGAGAUAAACGAGGAAGAACUUGAUGUUCAGGACGAGGCCAUGCGUAGACUUGCUUCCUGAGGGAUCACUGUCAGCAAGGACAAAACAUGGCCACCAGGACAUGCAAGUCUCUGCAAGCGUUUUCUGCACUGACUACUUCUUUGCACUUAAACAGCCAUCCUUCUACUGCUAUGUUAAAAAUAUACACGUUUUAAAACUCUGUAGGCAUUUCGCAAGAGACAUUUGUCAUUUUCAUGUUUUAAUGCAGGAACAAAACAGCUUAGCUCUAAAAUACCCAAAACCAUGAGAAUCAUCCCCAAGAAUCAGCAAUGUUACUCGGGCGUGAUGCCACGGCAGGUUUGCUGUUUGUGUUCACAAGGGUACGGUCUAUUCCUGUUGAGUUGCUGUAAGUGUUGACCUAACAGCCUCUAUGGGCAUGUGGGGUAUGGAAGAGUAAUCACAGAGAUUCCUGACUGACCUUGAAAUCUAUGUGUGUGUUGAUCACUGUGAGAAAGGCAAAAUAGAAUCACUGUGCACUCAUUAAUGAGCUUAAAAAAUAAA